AUGGAGCUUGCAGACCCAAGCGCAAAGGAUGAGUUAUACAUAUACGAGCCGCUGGAUUCGAACAAGCACGAGAUUCGGCUGAUCACGCUUCUACCGCGCCUAACAAAGGAGGGCCUCAUCCAAUGCAAGCUGCAACAUGUUACAUUUCUGGGUAAAUCCGAACUAGAGGUCAAGUACUUCGCUCUUUCCUACAUGUGGGGUGACAAUCAGAGCCCAGGUACAAUCCUCAUUAAUGGCAAGAAGCAAAACGUUCAGCCAAAUCUUCACAAUUUCCUGCAAACAUAUCGACGUUGCUACAAGAAACGCAAGGUCUUAUUGACACCGCUCUGGAUCGAUGCGCUGUGUAUUGACCAACGCAAUGUCUUGGAAAGGAACCAUCAGGUUGGCAUCAUGCAAGAUAUCUAUCGUUCCGCCCACGAAGUCGUUGUCUGGCUUGGCCAAGGGAACAAGCAGAUCGAGCGGCUUUGUUCAGCCCCGAACGCAUUCAGGCUAUUUUUCAAGAACUGUGGCGUUAACAGACUACCCGAACCUUGCUGGAACAUAAUAUGGGCAGUCUUCGCACUGCUUCGUGGUGAGCAUGACUUCCAUUCUGCCGCGAGAGACUUUUUAGAGCUUCCAUACUGGACACGGGCAUGGGUCGUACCGGAGAACAUGUUGUCGAGACGGAGAUCUUUCUGGUACGGCGCAAACAGAGUGUCUACGGCUACAAUGCAGCGCAUACUGUACUACGGUCGAUUGUGCAAACCGAGACCCUCCUCUCCGAGUCCCAUGGAAGCAUUCGGGAGACGUGGCAUAGAGGGACUGUUUUCGGCUUUGGUGCGAUUCGAGCGUCAAGACUGCUCCGAGCCUUUUGACCACGUCUAUGCGCUCAUAGGCCUCUCCGCCGAGGACAUACGAUUUCCUGUCGAUUACAACCACCAUCCAGUCGAGCUGCUUAUACACACAAUGGCUGUCUGUUUUCGAGAUGUUGCAAAGGAUCCAAAGAAUAUCGUGGAGCCUCACCGCGCUCUCCAGCGUGUCGUCAAUAGACUGGCCUCUGUGUUAGGAGUGCGGGACGCCAUAGAUCCCACGCAUGCUACCAGAGAUCUGCCGCCGAUUGGAUCUCUCUACCUAAAUUUCCAGGCAAAAUACACCGACGGGCCACCGCUGCUUCGACCUAUGCUCUCGACAGAGCACGAUGCCGCACUAGAUUUCCCUGGUCUCGAAGGUGUUGCUGCGCUACUUCGGUGGUGGCUGAAAAUGAGAAAUGGGACACUCAAAGUGGAGUCGAAUAUAGAGGGACUGCGAAACAGACUUUCAAAAAGGUUUGGGGAGUCCUUUAUACUUCAUCCACUGUUGGAGUCAGAUUCAAUGUUGGUCUUGUCAGACCAUCACGGAGUUCGCGACUUCCGCCACCGACCUAGCGGCUACAAGGCCAUUGUGGGCAGAAUAGCACCGUCAUGGUCCAAGUCUCCUCAGCCUCACCUCCGCUCACCAUCCUUAGACUGUGUGAUAGAUAGUUUUGGCAGUGACGGACUAGAGGGAGCAUAUGUGCAUCCCAGUACGAACAAUCGAGAAGCUGCUGGUCUUGUUAUGGACCAGGCGUCAGAUCUACGUGCGGCAAUGGCGAUAUGGGGGCUGCCUGCGGACGAGCUUGUCAGACCUGCCAUUUUGGCCUUACUAGGAGUCAGGGGAUCACGUUGCGAGCUCGUACCGCUACACAGUAUUGCCGCCGCGUGGGAGCUGGAAAACCCGUACGAUAACGAAUACGACCCGAGCGACUUGGAUAACUCCACCUGA